AUGAAAUUAUCCUUGAAAGAUAUCAAAGCUAAGCUAAAUGCUCCUAGAAAAAUAAUAAAGCCAGCUCCAGAAAAAUUUGACAAUUUUGUAGUAGGAGAAAUUAAUUUAGAGCCUUAUAGAGUCACCGAUGAAGUUUGGCUGAUUCCUGAUUACAUUUCUGAAGAACUAGAAGAAAAAAUACUGAAUAAUGGGGUUUAUCAUCAGCCUGAAUCGAAAUGAGUAAGGCUAAGAACAAGAAGUCUUCAGCUUUGGGGUGGAGACGUAACAGAAGAUGGUUUGCAAAAUCAAGAACCUCUCCCUAAAUUUUUAUAGAAAUUCCCAUAGAUGGCGUUGUUUGCCCUUGAUUUGCCCACUGAGGAAAUUUUUUUGGUUCGACCAGUACCAUGUGGUUUGGUCAGACCAAAAAAUUUUCCUCAUGGGCAAAUCAAGGGCAAACAGCGCCAUCUAUGGGAAAUUUCUAUAGAUAUUUUUGCACAACGUUUAUUCGAUGAAAGAAUUUUUCCUUAUAAGCCAAAUCAUGCACUAAUAAACGAAUACCAGCCUGGACAAGGAAUUAUGCCACAUACUGAUGGUCCUGCAUAUUAUCCAUUAGUUGCUACACUAUGCCUUGGAAGCGUCGCAGUUUCUCAGUUCUGAAACAUGGAGCCUCGAUCCCCAGCAUUUUCUAUCAUCCUUCCUCAAAGAAGCCUGCUCUUAUGAACAGGAAAUCCAUACUAUAACAUGCUGCAUAGCAUUGAAGAUGUCCCUUCUGACUAUAUUUUUACAGAUUCUUGUGGUGUGUUUUAUACACAAACUUCAGCUGGAGAGCUUUCAAGGGUUCUUAACUACACUGGACCGACUGUGCCGAUAGAUGAGCUAAUUAAAGAAUGCCCAAUCUGCAAAGAAGACUUAAAAGUUGUGAACUCUUUAUAUAGAGAAACAAGGAUUUCGAUAACAAUUCGAUAUGUCCCACUUGCAAAUAGAGAGUAA